AUGAUCUGGACACUCGUUCCCUUCGUGGCACUUCUGCCACUAGCGACAGCCCAACAGGCGGGCACUACGCCUGAUGCCCAUCCCAGACUCACCACAUAUAAAUGCACAUCGCAGAGUGGCUGCAUAAAGCAGAACACCUCAGUUGUUCUGGAUGCAGCAACUCACUUCAUCCACAAAAAAGGGACAGAAACUUCCUGCACCAACAGCAACGGCUUAGACACUUCCAUCUGUCCGGAUAAACAAACCUGCGCUGACAACUGUGUCGUUGAUGGUAUCACGGACUACAGCAGCUACGGUGUCGAAACAGAGAAUGCCACGUUGACCCUUCACCAGUACUUGCAAACUGGCGACGGCACAAAGUCCGUGUCACCGCGCGUCUACCUCCUCGCGGAAGACGGAGAGAACUACUCCAUGCUGAAACUCACGAAUCAGGAAUUCACCUUCGAUGUCGAUGCAUCCACCCUCGUAUGCGGUAUGAAUGGUGCUUUAUAUCUGUCUGAAAUGGAGGCCUCUGGCGGAAGGAGCUCCCUGAACCAAGCCGGAGCCACAUAUGGAACUGGGUACUGUGACGCUCAAUGCUACACCAAGGAAUGGAUCAACGGCGAAGCCAACACCGAGGGUGUGGGCUCCUGCUGUCAGGAAAUGGAUAUUUGGGAAGCCAACGCCCGAGCAACAGGACUUACACCACACCCUUGCAACACAACCGGCCUGUACGGGUGCAGCGGCUCAGAGUGCGAAGCUUCCGGCGUCUGUGACAAGCCUGGCUGUGGAUUCAACCCGUACGCCCUAGGUGCAAAGGACUACUACGGUUACGGUCUCAAGGUCAACACCAACGAGACACUCACAGUUGUAACCCAGUUCCUCACAACUGAUAACACCACCUCAGGCCAACUCAGCGAAAUCCGCCGUCUUUAUAUCCAGAAUGGGCAGGUCAUUCAAAAUGCUGCCGUCACUUCCGGAGGCAAAACUGUCGACUCGAUUACAAAGGACCUCUGCAGCGACGAAGGAAGUGCCUUCAACCGGCUUGGUGGCCUCGAGGAAAUGGGCAACGCCCUGGGCCGCGGCAUGGUUCUUGCGAUGAGUAUCUGGAACGACGCAGGCUCGUUCAUGCAAUGGCUUGAUGGUGGCAAUGCAGGACCGUGCAGUGCAACUGAGGGAGACCCGGCGUUGAUUGAGAAAUUGUAUCCAGACACUCAUGUGAAGUUUUCCAACAUUCGGUGGGGAGACAUUGGAUCGACCUACCAGCAUUAG